AUGUCGAGCAGCGGCAAUAUCUUUGCUGCUCUGGCCAAGAGCAAGAGCAAGAAGGAGAAGAAGCCCCCCAAGGAGGAUGAGGGUGCUGACAAGCACGCAGAGCUGGAGGCGGCCAUAUUCUCGAAGAGCGGCACGGGGCUGAGCAACUGGGCCGACUCUGAGGACGAGGACUGGGGAGAGCCUGCCCCCGCUCACGGCGAGGGCUGGAGCGAGGCCAAGGGCGGCUACAACGCUGCCUCCUACGGCUUCCAAGAGCAGCAGGAUGAGCCCCAGCCAGAGACGGAGAGCGAGGAGGAGUCUGAUGAUGAGGAUCAGGUCGACAUGGAGGCGGAGCUGGGCAUUGAGCUGCCCAAGAGCGAUGAUGAGGCGGAGGAGAGCGAGGAGGAGGAGGAGGAGGCGGCGGCGCCGCCACAGCCAGAUGCCGCCGCCGCCGCAGCCGCAGCCAAGUUGCAGCCGCAGAUGUCCAAGAAGGAGCAGAAGAAGAAGGAGCUGGAGGAUCUGGAUGCGGUGCUUGCAGAGCUGGGGCUGGAUGCCAAGGCGGAGGCGGAGGCAGAGGCGGCCGGUGGCGGCGCCUCCAGCAAGGCGGCCAAGCGCAAGGCCAAGAAGGCGCAGGCGGGCGGGGCGGCCAACGGCACCGCCGCGGCAGCCAACGGCAGCGGCGCCACCAGCGCCGACAGCAGCGCGGAGAACAAGGCGCAGCCGGCUGAUGAGGAGGAGGCGGAGAGUGCGGGCGCCGGCAUCGACACCGAGGCCAUCAAGGCCAAGAAGGCGGCGCUGGCCAAGAAGAAAGCGGCGGCGGCCAAGAAGACGGCGUCGGCGGCAGCGGCGGCCGCGGCCGCCGAGGCCGCCAAGGCGCGGGCCAAGGCAGCCAAGGGCAAGGACAAGUCAAGGUACAACGAGAUGCCCACGCGCUGA